UAUUGCUCCAAGAUGGCGGGACUAGUCGGUCGAACAGUUUGUAGCCGUCGUUUAGUCGGAAAAAUUCGUUACUUGCACACGAGCAGAAAACAUUUUGACCAGUAUAAAUGCGUGGCUGUUAAUGAAGUAGAAUCCUUUGUAGAGCGAUGUAUGAGCGCAGUGGGAACACCUUUAGAACAUUGCAAAGCUUUGGCGCAAGUUCUUGUUGCCGGCGACGCGAGAGGUCAUUUCAGCCAUGGGCUCAAUAGACUAGAAAUGUAUGUCCAUGAUAUAAAUGUGGGCUCCACAGUUAUAAAUGGAGAUCCUGAAAUUGUCAGAGAAACCAGUGCUACAGCACUUGUUGAGGGAAACAAUCUUCUGGGGCCAGUUGUCGGAAACUUUUGUAAUGAUUUAGCCAUGAAGAAAGCUCAAGAGACAGGAAUUGGCUGGGUUGCUUGCAAAGGUUCUAACCAUUACGGUAUUGCUGGUUGGUAUACAAUAAAAGCAGUGGAGAAAGGACUUAUUGGGAUGAGUUUUACCAACACAUCACCAUUGGUUGUACCCACAAGAGCACGUCAGGUUACUUUGGGAACCAACCCUUUGUCAGUAGCUGCACCAGCUAAAAAUGGUGACAGCUUUGUUCUUGACAUGGCAACAAGUGCAGUGGCUCUUGGAAAGAUAGAAAUGGCAGAUCGAAAGGGAGUUGAAAUACCACAUGGAUGGGCAGUGGAUUCAAAAGGAUUGGAAACUGUCAAUCCUGAAAAAGUUUUAUCAGGAGGAGGACAGCUGCCACUUGGUGGAACAGAAAUAACAAGUGGUUUCAAAGGAUAUGGUUUAGCAAUGAUGGUUGAGGUGGUUUGUGGCAUCCUGGCAGAUGCUGCAUUUGGUCCCAAUGUAAGGAAGUGGAAGGGUGAUGACAGGGUGGCUAAUUUAGGUCAGUGUUUUGUUGCUGUUGAUCCUAAAGCAUUUUCUGAAGGGUUUGAGGACCGCAUGCAGUCACUUAUGGAUCAUUGCAGAAAUCUGCAACCGGCAGAGGGUGAGACCACUGUGCUUGUAGCAGGAGACCCAGAGAGGGCCCACAUACAAAAAGUGAAAGAAGAUGGUGGUAUUCACUAUCAUGUUAAUUUGCUGGAAGCUAUGGACAAGCUUGCCGACCAACUAGGUGUGCCAUGCAUGCCAACAAAGUAAUACCACUCACACAUACAUGACAUUACUCUUGUCUUAGAGAAAAGAUAUUUUACCAAUGACUUACACAUAUGCGCCAAAGGAUCAACUUAUUUUCAGACAAAGUAUUUAACCAUCACAAAACAUACUCAAGAGCUAAAGUGCCACUUUAAGUAAGGGGUACCAAAGAGUUAGGAAAUUACUGUACCUACCAAAAAGGGAAAUUAGGACUAAAUUAGUGUUUUAUUACAUAUCUUUCUAUGUGCUUAGCUCAUUUUUCUCAUAGAACUUGGCUUGUAUGCCAGGCCUAUGAUAAUGCCACUGUGUUAUUGGUUCUGGUACUUGCUGAGUUAUCAUAUGAUUUACAGUACAUCAGCAGUACCAUUACACUAUUUCAAAAUCAAUGAUUUGGGUGCAGAAAUAUUCACCAAUAAUGCGAUUUGAGUGAAUGUAUUUAGAUGGCAACAGCAAAUGACAUCUUGACAAUCUGAGUCAAAGUUAAGGUCAGUGUUAAGUCUGAUGAUACGACUGCAAAGUGACAGUCAAAUGAUAGUAAUUGUUGAUACUAAACCCAAAAGUAAAUUUUUCUAUUCACUUAACAUUUACAAUUAACUAACAAAGUCACUCACAAAAUGGUAAAAGGGACACACUUUAACAAAAAUCAACAUAGUAAAACUAUGGUUGUAGAGAACCUUUGUGUCCAACAAAUGUCACAGGUUUUGGGCUGAUAUGUGAAAAAAAACUACACGAUUUUAUAUUUUAGGGUGCUUAAACAGAGAUCAAAACCAAUAUAUAGCAAGGGGGGGUUUCAAAAGUGGCAGGUAAACCCCCCCUUCCCAACUAGUAACUUUGUAGAUAAAAAGCUGUCAUGUACAAUACCCAAACAACCUAACAUGUCCCCAAAUGGUGGUGAGACACUAGUAUGGGACUGCUACCCCUUAGUUUUGUUAAGAAAAGUGAUAUCUGUUGAGUGAAACAACCUGCCAUGCCCCAACAUUCCAGUAAAAUACUAGCACUUGUGUAGGAAAGCAAUCUAAAAUACUCCAUAAUGUCAGUAAGACUCAAAUGCAAAACAAUACCCCCCCCCCCUCCUUAUCACCCUUGUUAGGAUGAAUCAAUCAUCUCUCAUGGUGAAGCAUCUAACAGGUCCCCAAAGGUCGGUAAAAUGCAUCCCAAUUGCUUUCCAGCUUUGUCAAUGAAUAUCAAUAAUCUACAACAAUACCCCCAAAUGUCAAUAAGAUGUUAGUGUAGAACUGAGUCUUCCCCCCCCCUACACACACUUUUCUUUCUAAACUUUGUUUAGAGUGAUAAUUUGCUAUAAUAGAGCACCCUAGCCUUUUUAUACUAGCAUGAUACCAUAGUGUGUGAUGCCUUCAUCUUAGCUUUUUCUAAG